AUGUCGACGCAGUCGUCGCUCUCGGUGCCAUUCUCUAUCAUCCACCCGCAGGAGCAUGUCCGACUCCUGGAGCUCCCACCGGAACUGCUCAAAUUGAUAGAAACGAAGAGCGACCGUCCUGAUCUUGACCACAUCUACAACGCCCUCGGAGGCCGCGUCCAACUCAAAUCCGCACCCACAGAGUCCUCCGGCACCACCACCAAGCCCAAAGACCAAUACCUCCACCUCUGCACCGAGAACCACGUCUGGGCCGUCCGCCAAGUCAGCACCUCCAACUCCGUGCACAUCCUCUCACCAUCUACCGACACCCCCAGCCUCGAUAACCCGACCUCUACCAGUCCCGGCCUCUCAGCCUUCGCCCAACCGACCUCCACGCUUGAGCUCCUGCCCACCCCCUACACCGCGGGCGAUGUGGAAUCCGCCAUCUGCCGCCUCCUCGUCAUACACCCGUGGCCGCUUGACCCUUCCGACCCUCCUCCAGCUCACACCCUUAGCGACCGCGACCUCUCUGCCUCGCUCCCUUACCCGCUCUCCGUCAUUCUCCGCGCUAAGCGCCGCUGCUUUGUCUUCUUUGCCGGUGACGACGAGCAGCAGCAGCAAUCUGUUUACGUGCCGGCUCCGGAGCUGCUGCUCGCGGCCUGGAAGGCGUUCGCGUCGCAGUGUGCGAUCAAGAGGGUUGAUGUCGCGGCGCUGGAUGUGAGUGGGCUGGGGGAUAUUACGGCGGGGAUUGCGUUGGAUGAGGGCGCGGUGGUGGCGGCGGUGGUGAGGGCUGUUGUGAAGGAGUUUGUGGCGUUUCCUCUGGAGGGUAGUGAGGGAGGAGGGGAGCUGGAGCGCUUGGGGUGUGGCUUGAAGGGGCAACUCAAGGGGAAGGAGCUGACGGAGUGGUUGGGCGGCUUGUCAGUUCAGUGUGCGCCCAGAGGGGUGCUGGGGACGGCGGAGUUGAUGGAGGAGUGGCAGAAUCUGCUGCCCAGGGAGUGGUGGGAGUGGUGCAAGGUGGAGGCUCUUAAGGGGACAUGCGAGGUGGAAGGCGCCGGAAAGGUGAGGUGGCGAGGAGACGAAAAGGGAGGACUUGCGGCGAGCAGCGGCACAGCCGCAGGCAAUGCGGCGCCUUCGAGCAUUCCCAAUAAGAGGAACUGGCACGAGAAGUUCGCGGCGCAGAGGAAGCGUUGA